AAACGUUAGUGUAGCCAGCGUGAUGGAUGCCCGUCGUUUUCGGUAGUUUGCUGUUAUUGGAACGCGGCGGGAACACUUUGGGCAGGGUACUUGUGUCAUGGCCUCCGACCAUCCGCGGGAGAGAAGUGUUCCAUAUCUUCGUUUGGUUAUAAUCUCCAUCCGGAGAAGCGCCGAGCUCUUGCCACUGGGGAAUAGAGGGCGUCCUCGACGAGAUGCGGGGAUCUGUAGCAUGUGUAGCACCCGCCUCCAAACUUUUGCGAUUUUAGCACGCGGCCGUGGUUUAACCCCACAAGGGGAAAGGUUUAGAGAUAUACAACUGAUACACGUGUCAUUGUUACGGGUCUUCGGAGCUCUCCCGGCUGGUGUUGUGACGUUAGAACUCAAAUAAAUCCGUACGUCAAUGUCGACAGGACAUCACACGACGAAAAAAAAUUAUUAAUAGCUGUU